GGUGUGGUGAAACCGAACAAAGUGCGGAAGUUCAUUUCUAGCAACAGGACGAGCGAGGUUUCUGCUCUCAAGCUAACAGGUCUAAUUUGUUGACAUUCUUAACAACUAUUUGUUAAAGUCCCUGAAAGCAGCACGAAGGUGUUAAGAAACCGUUCCAAGUGCGGAAGUUCAUUUUCAGCAACAAGAAGAUCGAGGUUGGUGUUCUCCAGCCAGAAUGGAGAAGUGUCAAAUAUUAAGAUUGGAAGAUAUCCGACAACGCAACGGAAAAAGAGAUCCAGAUUAUCUGGCUGUGGUGUCAAAGUUUGUGUCUGAAAAAAGAUGCGAAGAAGUCCCUCUGCGUUGUCCAGUUGGGGCCAAACUGACCAUUGGAUCUCUGGAGGACACAGAGUACAAGGACAGGCCUGCAGUGGUGAACGGAUGGGGAAAGUUUUAUCUUCCCAAACCAACAAAGAUGGAGGUCAUAGGCUAUGCAAAGGGAACAACAUACCCAUGUGACCAGCUUGUCCUGAUGACCUGUGAGGACCAGAAGGUGUACGGCUUUGAUGGAGAGGAGCUGCAUCUAGUGGCUUCCUCCCCGAGACAGAUGGUCAGAGAGGGAAUAGCCGAUCCUGCAUCCCAGAGUUAUUACCCUGGGGAGGCCUUCAAAGACAUGACCAAAGAGGACUGGUCGAAGGUGGAGCAGGGCCCUGUGGGGAAAAGGUUGGAAGAGGAGCAUCGUAAUCUGGUGGCUUCUCGCAAAUCCGAUUUCCUGAAGAAUCUCAAAAUCAUCAGACAAAGACAGAGGUGUCAUCAGCAGAAUGGCAACAUCCUCCCCAAAAGCAACGUGACUCAGCUGCAGAAAGGUGGAACGUGACUAAGUUUUUGUCAUUCAUGCAGCUCAAGGUUUCAAGGAACAACUAAGCACUUUAAAUGUUUUUGUUAUUACAUGUUUUAUGAAAUAAUAAAUAACAUAAACUGUCUGGUGUUUUCCGCCUCUCAGCAGAACAGUUGGGGACCAAUCAGAUACAGUCUAAUAAAUGUAUCUGCACAAUCUAA